UUGAGGAAGAUGAUGUUCGCAAUUGGAACCUGGAUUCUGCUUUUUGCAAUCUCUUUAACCGAGGCUGAUCGUAAAUGGGAUUACGAGCCUCUAUCAAUUGUCACCACCACUUCGGAUCCCAACAAGUUGGGCAUUGAAGGCAAAAUCGAGCGUUUGGGGCGAGGAGAUUUUGGAUUAACAAUCACCCUUGAGUGGAAAUACGAUGCUACUGAAGAAACAAUGGUGGAGGCCGUUGCCUAUCGCAGUAGUUCGGGGGAAGAGAGUGAUUAUAAGCUGUUGCCUUGGGUCAUUCCAAAGCAGAGCUUCUACGAAUACCUCGACACGCAUUACAAGGAUGUGGUGAUCAAGAACUUGGGAAAUUGCUCCAAUCUUCCGCAAUUCGAGGGAAAAUUCCAGCCACCCUUUCCACAGGGCACCUACAAGCUCAAUAAAUGCAAGGUCGAUGGUGAAGGACUGCCUGAAAUUGCACCGCCCGGUUUCUACAAGAUCAUCUUUACUAAAUCGGGACCCGAUCAACCCACAUGGGGGUUAACGGCUGUAUUUAAGGUGACCAAUAAAUUGUUCUGAGAUGUUUAAGUGUAAAAGAUACAU